UUUCACCAGCAGCUGGAGUCAAAAGACACCCGAGCAGAGGAGGAGGACCGCAGAUCGGCAGGCAUGUCGUCGGAAAAACACGGUCUCGAUGACUCCGGCCGUCAGACCAUGCAGCCUCCUCCGUACCUCCCCGGCCCGCAAGACCCCAACGUACCCCAACACCCCAACAUGCCCCCUGCACCGGGCGCCCAGCCCAGCUACCCUCCUCCACCUCCUCCUCCAGGCUCAGAGGGCUACCUCCAAGAAACCCAGUUCCAUUGCGGCCCGUUGGGAUCUCCUGGGGCCCCGCAUGGCUACACCGUCCAGACCCAGGGACCCGGAGGCACCAUGCCUCACCCCCCUGUAGGAUACCUCCACCCGGGCUACCCGCUUCAGCUGCAGCCCUGCACAGCUUACGUACCCGUCUACCCCAUGGCAUCGGGUCAGCCCUACAUGCCCACCGGAGGAGCCCACCCAGGAAUCCCACCCGGCCAGAUUCAUCCCAUGCAAAUGCCACCCAGCAUCACCCUGAUGGACCGCCGGCCGCCACACGACUACUUGCCCAUCGCUGUGCUCACCACCGUCUGCUGCUUCUGGCCGACAGGCAUCAUUGCGAUCAUCAAAGCAGUGCAGGUGCGUACGGCGAUAGCCAGAGGGGACAUGGUGACGGCGGAAAUAGCCUCCCGAGAGGCACGCAACUUCUCCUUCAUCAGCCUGGCUGUUGGCAUCGCCUCCAUUGUGCUGUGCACCAUCCUCACCGUGGUGGUCAUCAUCGCCUCGCAGCACCACGACGACGACUGGGAGCCGUAA